GUCUGAGCAAGUCACAAUUCGAGGUUCUGUGGUGUUCUUUCCUCAAAGCAGGGGGUCUGCGUCAGAAUUCGUUGGCAUAUAUCGAGAGAAAACUGCUGCCUCCUUCCGAUCUGGAGACAGUUGGCUGUAAAUCACUCACAUCACAUUACGAGAAAGCCACACAUUCACUGCAAGGAACCCAAAUCCACGAUCAACAACCAACCCAAGAGAUACUCGUCCAAGGUACCCAACCCCAUCUUCCACCAAAGAAUUUACAGAAACCACAGAAAAGCCCAGCCAUGUGCAUGAAAGUCUUCGCCCUCCAACGCUGCCUCAGCCCCGAAAACGGCGGCUGCGGCAGCUACUUUGCAGACUACCUCGAGCAGCGCGAAUGCAACCACAUGGCCUUCCCCGGCCUCCCGCAACACAACUGCCGCGCCGUCUGGGCCGGCUUCGAAGACGAGCGCAGCUCCAAAGCCAUCCACCGCGACGAGUACGCCAAGCGCGCCCACAAGCUCUGCGCGGACUGCCGCGUCCGGCACCGGCUCACCUACCUCGACAGCGAGGCGCAGGCGGAACGUCGGGGCGAGUACUCGGAUCGUAUGAAGACGAUCAUCGAGGAUCUGACGCGGCGCGCGGAUCUGGGACAGAUGGAGUUUAUGAACCGGGUGUACCGCGAUAUGUGGGAUGCUGCGCUGGGGUAUGUUCAGGGGAUGGCGAAGACGACGGAUGGGGUGUGGGAUGGGAUUGAGGCAGCGCUACGACGGCACUUUGGGGAUAACGGGAUGGAGAUGAUCGUGGUCGGACACCUGGUCCAGGACUUGAAGAGUGCGAAGAAGGAGCUGCUUGAGCAAGUGAUGACUUCGACAAGGGAGAUGGCCACGGCGCUGGUUGGACCGAAUAUGGAUUUCCAGCAGGAUCUGGAAGCUGGUGGGUUUAGGAACGAAGGGUACAUCAAUGAGGAGUGGAAGUUGCAGAGGAAAACGGCUGUUGAUGCUUCGAGGGCGAAAGCCGAAGCUGGGGACCUCGAAAGUGACGACGAGAUGGGGCGAGACUAUGGUUUGUCUGGACCGGUUGGACAGGUAUAUAAGCAGGCCUAAGUCCCCAAGGUGAGUGUAAAUAGAAUCCUCAGUGACGGGCUUACCUCUAUAGCUCGACAAAACUUUGCCUUCAAGAGAGAACUGUGAUGCUCAGAGCUGUUGCUUUCAGUUGAUGAUAUCCUGAUCACCACAUUUCAAGAUGUGAUCUGACAAUGUACCAAGCCAUUUUGAUCAUGUGCUUUUGAGUAGGCCCAAGUCUAUCGGCUAGGUUUUCGUUGAACAGGACCAUUCAACGCUCCGGAUCUGGACCGGAGCGCCCCGCCUGGAGCAUGCCCGCUCGGUGGGGCCAGCGGAUCUCGACUCA